UCCGCGGACGUCCAGUCGCCGGGCUGCUCCUCGCCCCGCCCCGUCAUUGUCCCCGCCGGACUCCCUUUCCCGUCCGUCCCCCGUCCGUCCUCGGAGCUCUGAGAGUCGCUGGCUUCCCCCGCCGCCCCGCGUCUCUCCACCGUCGGCGGGCCAGCCUUGCGAGCAAGAUGGAGGGCUGCCUGGGGGAGGAAUCUUUCCAGAUGUGGGAGCUCAACCGGCGCCUGGAGGCCUACGUGGCGCGGGUCAAGGCGCUGGAGGAGCAGAACGAGCUGCUCGGCGCGGAGCUCGGGGGCCUCCGGGCGCAGACCGGGGACGCCUCGUGGAGGGCCCGCGCCGACGACGAGCUGGCGGCCCUGCGGGCGCUCGUCGACCGGCGCUGGCGCGAGAAGCACGCGGCCGAGGUGGCGCGCGACAACCUGGCGGAGGAGGCGGAGGGCGUGGCGGCCCGGUGCCAGCAGCAGCGGCGGGCGCGGGAGCGGGCGGCGGCCGAGGCGGCCCGCAGCCGGCGCGAGGCCGAGGCGGAGAAGGGCGCCCGGGCGCGGCUGAGCUCGCGGGCCGCGGAGCUGGAGCGGGAGCUGGAGGCCGUGUGCGCGGCGCACGAGCAGGAGCGCGCCGCCCUGAGCGCCCGCCCCGCGCCCCCCCGCCGCCCCGCCGCGCCCCGCGGGCCUCCCGCGCCGGCCCCCGAGCUGCACGAGCUGGCGCGGCGGCUGGGCGAGGCGUGGCGCGGGGCGGUGCGCGGCUACCAGGAGCGCGUGGCGCUCAUGGAGGCGUCGCUGGGCCAGGCCCGCGAGCGCCUGGGCCGCGCCGUGCAGGGCGCCCGCGAGGGCCGCCUGGAGCUGCGGCAGCUGCGGGCGGAGCGCGGCGGCCUCCGGGAGCGCCAGGCCGCGCUGGAGCACAGGUUGGAGGGCCGCUGGCAGGAGCGGCUGCGGGCCACCGAGCAGUUCCAGCUGGCUGUGGAGGCCCUGGAGCAGGAGAAGGAGAGCCUGCAGAGCCAGAUUGCCCAGGUCCUCGAAGGUCGGCAGCAGCUGGCACACCUCAAGAUGUCCCUCAGCCUGGAGGUGGCCACAUACAGGACCCUCCUAGAGGCUGAGAACUCCCGGCUGCAGACCCCCGGCAGUGGUUCCAAGGCUUCCCUCAGCUUCCAGGACCCUAAGCUGGAGCUGCAUUUCUCUGGGACGCCAGAGGGCCGGCAUCUGGGACCUUUGCUCUCUGCCCUGAGCCCUACUCCCCUCUCCUCGCCCUUGCCUGACACCCUGGAGACACCUGUGCCAGGCUUUCUGAAGAGCCAGGAAUUCCUCCAGGCCCGUACCCCAACCUUGGCCAGCACCCCCAUCCCGCCCACACUUCUGGCUCCCUGCGCUGUUACAGAUGCAGAGAUCAAAACCCAGGAUGCCCCCCUCUCCCUGCUCCAGCCGCAGCUUGGGAGGCAGUGGGCUCCAGAGGCCAUAUGGGCUAAAGCCAAGGAGACCAUCCCUACCAGCGUCCUGCCAGGACCAGAGGAACCCGGGGGUGAGCAACAAGAGGCCAGUACAGGCCAGUCCCCUGAGGAUCAUACCUCCUCAGCCCCACCCCUCAACCCUGACCGCCCUAGUUUAGAGGCCAAAGGUGGAGAACCCAAAGGGUCUGGAAUGUCCAGCAGAUUCCAGGAGGAAGGUGAAGGGCAAAUUGGGGGGCUGGCAGAGAAAGAAACAGCCAUAGAGGUCAAAAUGGUGAACGGUCUGCAGCAGGAAACAUGGCAAGAAGAUGGGGGUCUGAACAUGAAGAAAAUCCAGGACUCCCAGGGUCAUUUGGAAAAAGAAACUCUGAAGUCUCUGGAAGAGGAAAUUCAAGGGCCACUGAUGUCUCUGGAAGAACAGACCCAUGAGACACUGAGAUCUCUAGAGAAAGUGAAUCCAGAAUCUCUGCGGUCUUCAGAAGAAGAGAGUCUAGACACAUCAAAAGGUCUAGAAAAGGAGAAUCAAGAGCUAUUGAUGUCUUUAGAAGAAAAGAAUGCAGAUGUAGUGAGACCUCAAGAAAAAGAGACUCUAGAACUACUUAAGCCUGUAGGAAAUGAGGACUCACAGACAUUGCAAUCUCUAGAAAAGGAGAAUCAAGAACUAAUGAGGUCUCUUGAAGGUACUCUAGAGACGUUUUUAUAUCCAGAGAAGGAAAGUCAAGAAUUAGUGAGGUCUCGAGAAGAGAACUUUGAGUCAAUGAGAGAUCUAGAAAAGGAGAACCAAGAGCCACUGAGAACUCUAGAAGAUGGGAAUCGAGAGAACUUGAGACUACAAGAAAGAGAGAACCAGGAGUUUCUGAACUCUCCAGAAGAUGAGAAGCACAAGACCUUGAGAACUCUAGAAAAAGAGAACCAGGAACCACUGAGGUCUCUGGAAGAAGACCAGGACACAGGGAGACCUCUAGAAAAAGAGAACCAAGAACCAGUGAAGUCUCUAGAAGAUGAGAACCAGGAGACAAUGAGACCACUAGAAACAGAGAACCAGAGGUCCUUGAGGUCUUUAGAAGAAGAGGACCAGGAAACAAUGAAGCCUCUAGAAAAAGAGAACCAAGAGCCAGUGUGGUCUCUAGAAGAAGACCAGGCAACAUUGAGACUUCUAGAAAAAGAGAACCAGAAGCCAGUGGGAUCUCUAGAUAAGAACCAGGAGACACUGAGACCUCUAGAAAAAGAGGACCAGGAGCCAGUGGGGUCUCUAGAAGAUGAGAACCAGGAGACAUUGAGACCACUAGAAAAAGAGAACCAGAGGUCCUUGAGGUCUUUAGAAGAAGAGGACCAGGAGACAAUGAAGCCUCUAGAAACAGAGAACCAGAGGUUCUUGAGGUCUUUAGAAGAAGAGGACCAGGAGACAAUGAAGCCUCUAGAAAAAGAGAACCAAGAGCAAGUGUGGUCUCUAGAAGAAGACCAGGCAACAUUGAGACUUCUAGAAAAAGAGAACCAGAAGCCAGUGGGAUCUCUAGAUAAGAACCAGGAGACACUGAGACCUCUAGAAAUAGAGGACCAGGAGCCAGUGGGGUCUCUAGAAGAUGAGAACCAGGAGACAUUGAGACCACUAGAAAAAGAGAACCAGGGGUCUCUAGAAGAAGACGACGACCAGGAGACAGUGAGGCCUCUAGAAAAAGAGAACCAAGAACCAGUGAAGUCUCUAGAGGAUGAGAACCAGGAGACAAUGAGACCACCAGAAAAAGAGAACCAGAGGUCCUUGAGGUCUUUAGGAGAAGAGGACCAGGAGACAUUGAAGCCUCUAGAAAAAGAGAACCAGAGGUCUCUAGAAGAAGAUGACGACCAGGAGACAAUGAGGCCUCUAGAAAAAGAGAGCCAGGAGCCAGUGGAGUCUUCAGAAGAAGACCAGGCAACACCGAGACUUCUAGAAAAGGUGAAACUAGAACCACUAAAGUCUCUUGGAAAAGACCAGGAGAUAUUUCGACCUCUUGAAAAAGAGAAUCAACAGUUAUUAAGAUUCCUAGAAGAAGAGAGUGCAGAGGUGAUGGGAUCUCCGGAAACAGAGAAUUUAGAAUCACUCCAGUCAGCAAGAGAAGACUUGGGAAUAUUGCAGCCUCUAGGAACUCGAGAGCCCCUGUGGUCUCCAGGAGAAGUGAAUCAGGAGACAAUGAAGCCUCUAGAAAGGGGAAGUCAAGAGCCACUGGAGUCGGUAGAAGAGAACCAGGAGACAUUGAGGCUCCUAGAACAGGAGAACCAGGAGUCCCGGAGAUCUCCAGGAGAGUGGGGCCUAGAAAAUUCGAGACCUCCAGAAGGGAGAGGUCAGGAAAGUCAAAGGUGCCUGAUGGAGGAAGAGACCCCGGAGCAGACGAGGAAUCAGGAGUCCCCGGGGUCUUUGAAAGAGGAAAGGCAGGAGUCCCCGCUGUCUGCCCGACCCCAGGGGAGGGAAGAGAGAGUGGCGGACCAGGAACUGGAUCAGGAAACGCCCCCCAGCGGGGCCGCAGGGGGCAAGGAGGCCGAGGCAGAGCUGGACGUGAGGGAGUGGGGUGGCCUCCCCGGGAAGUCCGCAGGGCACGGAGAACUGCAGCUGGCAGCCGCAAGGGAGGUCUGGAGCUCAGGGGAGGGGCGCCCAGGGGGCCCUGAGCCCGAGGAGCAGAGGGUCCCGGUUGAGGGAGCCAGGGGGGAGGGAGGCCCCGAGGGCUUCCAGGACCCUGAAGGGCAGCCAGAGCAAGCGGGGGGCCCGGGCCUCCGAGCUCCCCAGGGAAUGUCGGAGGGGAGAGACCUGGUGUUGGAAGGUGGAGAGGAGGCCCCAAGGGGUGGCCAGGUCUCAGAGGUCGCCUCGACGGCUGUGGGUGAGGCUGCUUCGGGCAGCCAGCAGGGACCAGAGCGGGAGGUGGUGGUGCCACCCGUGGAUGAGGAAGGUUUGGAGGCAGAGAAGAGGCAGGGCUUGGAAGAACCCCAAAAGGACCCAGACGAGGCAGCUGCUCUGAAACCAGAGCUUUCCAGCCCAGCAGGGAGGAGCACAGACCUCCCGGAGCCUCCCAGGGGCUGGGAGGAGUCGGAGCCCAAGGCCCCCUGGGGGGCAGAGGGGGCGUUCCCUGCCGAGACCCUGUGCCGAAGUGGUACCCCUCAGCCCGGGCCCCAGGGGCCCGAGGACGCAGGGGAAGAGGCAGUGUUAGAGCCCGCGUCGCUGCCCAAGCCUUUGGAGCCCCGGUCGCCCACCCCAAUCCCUGGAGAUGCCCCUGGGCCCCAGCCCCUGGCUGUGGGAAGCCAGGAGGCUGGCUGGGGGCUGGAGGGCCGAGCGGAGGCUCUGGGAGGGGUGGAGGGGGAGCCAGAGGAGCUGGGUUCUGAGGGGAGCCCCGAGGAUCUCCAGGAGGAGGGAGAGGAGAACCGAGAGGACAGCGAGGCUGAUGAGCUUGGGGAGACUCUUCCUGACUCCACUCCCCUGGGCCUCUAUCUCAGGUCCCCCGCCUCCCCCAAGUGGGACCUGCUUGGGGAGCAGAGGCCCCCCCCUCAAGGGGAGACCAGAAAGGAAGGCUGGGAUCCUUCUGUGCUGGCCUCUGAAGAGUGUGGGGCCCAGCCAGGGGAAGAGGAGGAGGGGGAGGAGGAGGGGGAGGAGGGGGAGGAGGGGGAGGAGGGGAGGAGGGAGGAGGAAUGCGGUCAGGACUCUGACUUGUCGGAGGAAUUUGAGGAUCUGGAGGCUGAGGGUUCUCUCCUUCCUGGGGUCCCCGGGGAGGCUGUGGAGCCUCCAGGCCAGAGGCCUCAGAUGCUGCUGGAGUCUGCAGCCUGGGAAGGGGAUGGGGAGUCUGAUGGGUUUGCAGAUGAGGAAGAGAGUGGGGAGGAGGGCGAGGAAGACAAAGAGGAAGAAGAGGGGAGGGAGCCAGGGGCUGGCCUGUGGGGCCCAGGGCCCUCUGUCAGCACCCUCCGCGCUCUGAGUGGCCCUCAGAGAGGGACCCUCCCGGGCUCUGAGACCGUGGAUGUCAGCGUUCCCUGGGACGACAGCUUGCGAGGCAUAGCAGCCGAUGCCGGUGAGGAGUCCCAGGACAGCACCGAGCCCGAGCCCUCGGGCUCAGAGGAAGAGUCUGCUCCCUUGGAGAGGGAGGACCCAGUCCCUGGCCCUCUGGAGAGCCACUGUGGGAUGGGAGACACGGGCCUGGGGGUAGGGGACACCCUUGGGGUCAAUGGUCGGGUCCCCAGCUUGAAGGAGGAGUUAGAGCAUGUGAAUGGGGGGGUGGUAAAUGGGCUGGAGCAGUCAGAGGGAGGAGGGCAGGGAGAACCAGGGGGCCCCGAGGGGGACCAAAGGAGCCCCUUGGAGGACGAGGAGGAGGGGGGUGCCCUGAAGACUCCUUGGGCAGGACCUUCUCUUCACCUGGGCCCAGGCCAGUUCCUGAAGUUCGGUCAGAGGGAAGGAGACGUGGAGUCUUGGUCCUCGGGCGAGGACUAGAGCGAGACCCCUCUCCCCUCACUGAGGACUUGGUGGGGUGGGGGUGGGGGCCCCGAGCCCCCUCCCUGCUCAGAGGCAGCACCCUUAAGUUAUGAUCUCUUGACCUGUGGUUUCUGUCCCGGAGGCCUGACUUGCCAGGGCGAAACAAGGGGUGGCACAGGGAGACGCUCCAAGAACAGAGGCCCCCAGACCCUGCGAAGGGGCCACCCCGCCGGCACUGUCCCUCGAGGCUUAAGCCGGCUGAACCGCUGUAGGACUAGGCCCUUUCCUGACGCCCCCUUUCUCCCCCUCCUGCCAGUGGGGGAGGGCUCCUCCCAGGAGAGGGGGCUGUGGCACCCUUCACCGUGAUGUGCCCCCUCAUCGCACCUUCUUGGGGUGUCUGGCCACCCGUGAGGGUGUGUUCCCAUGUCCUGACCCCCUGUGUUCCUGCCCCCUCGUGUCUGGCUCAUCCUUGCCUGAAUAAAGUCAUGCUUCC